GGAAACGCCGCGGAGAAUUUUGAACGAAGUCGUCGCCUGAAAGACACAGACACACACACAAAAAAACCACCACUACCAACGGCUUUUUGGGUCGUCGCGCGCACUCGGUCGCGCAGUUGAAGGCAGCUGAGGGAAAAAGAACGAGAUCGAGCGCGCGCCCCUCAGACGCAGGUGUAAAAUGACUAGAGAAAGGUGCUUGAAAAAGUCAUUUAAGGACAGCCUGGAAGAUAUAAAAGAACGAAUGAAAGAAAGGCGAAAUAAAAAAUGGGCACAGUUGGGCAAAACCAAACAAGUCUUAUCUGUCAACAGUAAAAUUGCAAACAACUCAUCUACACUGAUGAAAAGCUUUCAAACAAACAAUCGAGCAUUAGCUCUGGCUUUGGAAGAGGAGAAGAGCAAAAUGAGGGAAGCACAAGAUACAAUCCUGUAUUUAAAGAGAGAAUAUCAGAGUCUGAAAUUUCAGGUGUUUGCCUUGCAUAGAAAGCUGGCAUUACAACAAGGAAAAGAGCAUUCUGAGACUAGAUUAAUGGCUUUGAAGGAGAUUAUUUCUAAAGUUGUUCAAGACCUACUCAAUGCAACAAGUCUUCUUGGUUCAGCAAAAGAUCAAUAUAACACAGCUCUUAACCAGACUCUCAGUGCCUCCAGUGCUGAAGAGUGUGAUUCUAGCAAUGUAAGAAGCCAAGAUUCCUUGGCACAUCUAAGGCAUAUCCUUUCUGUAGAUGCAAGCAAGCAAGAUAAAACAUCUGGAACAGAAUUAAAGGAUAAUACAGAUACAAAUUAUUCAGAUGUUGCAGCUGAUUCUCAGCGAGAUGUUAUAACUGAAGAUGUUUUUUCAACAUCAAAGAAGGAUACAGGUUGGCAAAGUAGUUCCCACUGUCAUAUGGAGUAUGAGAACAGAAAUGAAGAGAAGAUGCAAUUUGAAAGUAGCUUACUAAAAAAUGUAUCUAUCCGUCGUCACUACUCCAGGAUCAAAACUCAGUAUCCAUUUGAUGUAUCUGAUGGUAGCAGUCCGGAAGUACUUGAGCAGAUAACAGAAUGUUGCCAACAAGAUGAACCUGGCCCUGAGUCAGGCUUGGUGAAAAAUAAUGAACAAUAUGAAGAAACUUACGUUUCUCAAGAGAAACAUAAGAUAAACACAGACAAAACUUUGGAACAGCCUAAUAUGUUACCUGAAUCAAAUACCCCAACAGCAGCCCCCAAACAAACUGAUUUUAAAAUUGUUGGAGGUUCUCAAGCACACAAAGAGAGAGACCAGAAAAGAAAAUUGGAAACAAAAACUAGAUCCAGGACAAGGUCCAGAAAAGAGAGAAGCCAUAAUAGGAAGUGCUGUUCCAAAGAAAAAACAGAUAGAUCAACUGGUUCCAAUGAUGCUUAUGAUUUUGUUUUUGAGGAGUGUGUCCAUAUCACACCUUUCCGACAAAACAAAGUUGAAGAAAAUAACAUCCAAGAAAAAAAUAAUGGAGAUGAAACAGAAACUUCUUGUAACGAAUCAUUUGCUUCAGAAGAGGACUCUGAUGAUAGUCAGUAUGUGCCUUGCAUGAAAAAAUCCAGGAAAAGCUUAGAAUGCACAACUGAUGGCAGCCCAAGACACACAAGGCAACAAUCAAAGAACGCUGUGAAUGAACAGCAUGGCAGUAGUCCUGAGGGAGAAAACAGGAAUACUAAAAAAUCUGAUAAUUCUGCAGAUAAGGAAAAUGUUGAAACAGAUAAACCAUCUAGGGCUCUUGAAAAAUGUCAUCCCUGUUUCAGUGAUAUUACCAAUUUCGAAUCAACUUCUAUCCAAACUAGAGUUUCUCACCCACCGAUGAGUACUGGAAUAAAAGGUACUCCUCGAAAGAAACGUAGAUGUACUGAUUGCGUGAGCUAUAAGGAACCAAGUCUCAGCAGGAAGCUCAGAAGAGGAGACCCUUUUACAGAUAACAUCUUUCUGGAUUCUCCAAUUUUUAAGCAGAAAAAGAGCCGCAUGUGUAAUUCUCUUAAAAAGAAAUCACUGCCCAGAUCUAAUGAGUACUGCAGGACCAAGUGUGACUUUAAGGGAAGAAUGGCUUUUCAGGGAUAAAGAAUUGAGCCGCGCUCUGUGGGACUUACUUCUGAGUAGGUUUAGGACUGCAUUGAAAAUCUGUGUAGAGGCAAUGAUCACUUUGCGCAGCGGUUCCUGACCCCUGUGUGUGUCGGUGGA